CUCCCCAGUGCGCAUGUGCAUCACCUCACACGUGCAGUAAACGUAGUGACUCCUGCAUGUGAACUCCGCGCUGAAACUUUUCCUCAACGCAGCAAGCUGUUAUCAACGAAUCGAAGCUUUCGUCUCGUCUCCUCUUCAUCAGCGGGUGAAACAACAAGUCCUCCGUGAAGCAUUUCGCCGAGAGGGCCGGAACAGCAGAAAACCACUUCACCAUGACUGAAGCUCAAGUGAACCCGAAGGCCUACCCGCUGGCCGACGCCACGCUGACCAAGACCAUCCUGGACCUGGUGCAGCAAGCCUCCAACUACAAGCAGCUGAGGAAGGGAGCCAACGAGGCCACCAAAACCCUGAACAGAGGCAUCUCCGAGUUCAUCGUGAUGGCUGCUGACGCUGAACCACUGGAGAUCAUCCUCCACCUGCCACUGCUCUGCGAGGACAAGAACGUCCCGUACGUAUUCGUCCGCUCCAAGCAGGCCCUGGGCCGGGCCUGUGGGGUGUCGCGCCCCGUCAUUGCUACCUCGGUCACCAUAAAGGAGGGAUCUCAGCUCAAGCCCCAGAUUCAGUCUGUUCAGACGGCUAUUGAGAGACUGCUGGUUUGAGUUCUGUCGCACUGUCGUCUCCUGAAAGAAGAGGAGAAUUAAUUCCAGUUUGAAAAAAGUCCUGUGUUCUGUUUGAUUUAAAACAGUCGUUAUGCAUGGAGAAGAGAUAAUGGUGUAAUUUUGAUUUUUAGGACAAUGCAUUCACUUCUGUUUAUCAGUUUGCAUUGACAUUGCUUGGUUCUUAAUAAAAGCCUCUUUUUUUUGUACUUAAA